GUUAUGUUAUUUUGACAUACAUCAUUUUGAGGUUAGAUUCCUAAAACGUGGAUUAAACAAUGAAGGUUAAAGUAAUUAGUCGAAACCCCGACGAAUAUUUACGUGAAACAAAAAAGGAUAUUCAUAAAGCCCCUCGAAAUUAUGAUCCAAAUUUGCACCAUUUCGAAGCAGCUAGAGAAUACGUCCGUGCUUUAAACGCAGUUAAAUUGGAACGAGUAUUCGCAAAACCAUUCAUAGGAAGUUUAGACGGACACAGAGACGCAAUCUCUUCAUUAGCAAAACACACAAAACGCCUUUCGUUUUUAAUUUCGGGCGCUUACGAUGGUGAAGUGAGAAUUUGGGAUUUAGCUCAACGAGUUUGUCUGCGUAAUUUUGUCGCUCACGAAGGUGUUAUUCGUGAUCUCACUUAUACUUGUAGUGGCGAUUUAUUUUUAAGUAUCGGUGAUGAUAAAACAAUUAAAUUUUGGAAUUCCGAUCUUUCCCAUGAUUACGAUAAAAACUUGCCUGUUAAUACGAUUAUUAAUAAGUAUGUGUUGACGAGUAUUGCAAGGAAUUAUAAAGAAGCAAAAUUUGCAACUUGUGGGGAAAUUUGCCAAUUAUGGGAGGAAACCCGUAAUGAGGCUGUUAAAACAUUUAAGUGGGGCGUUGAUAGUUUGCAUCAUGUAGCGUUUAGUCCGGUUGAAACGAACGUUUUAUCAGCUUGUGCAAGUGAUCGUAGUGUAAUUUUAUAUGAUACCAGGGAAAGUGGGGUUAUGAGGAAGGUUAUUUUGAAAUUACGGACAAAUAAAGUUGCUUGGAAUCCGAUGGAGGCUUAUAUUUUUACUUGUGCUAAUGAAGAUUAUAAUUUAUACACUUUUGACACAAGAAAUUUAAAACAGCCAAUAAAUAUUCAUAUGGAUCAUGUUUCUGCAGUAAUUGAUGUUGAUUAUUCACCAACUGGUAAAGAAUUUGUUACUGGAAGUUAUGAUAAAACCAUACGGAUUUUCGAGGCUGAUAAAGGACACUCAAGAGAUGUUUAUCACACAAAACGAAUGCAAAGAUUAACAAGCGUUCAAUGGACUUUGGAUAAUAAAUUUGUGUUGAGUGGAUCAGAUGAAAUGAAUAUUCGCAUUUGGAAAGCUAAAGCUUCUGAGAAAUUGGGACCAUUAAAACCAAGAGAAAAAAGGGCUUUGAAUUAUAGCGAAACAUUAAAGGAGAAAUUCGCGAGUCAUCCUCAAAUAAAAAGGAUAAAACGCCAUCGACACGUUCCGAAACACAUUUAUAACGCCCAACAAGAAAUGAGAACGAUUAAAGAUAAAGUUAAAAGGAAAGAAGGGAAUCGUAGGGCUCAUUCGAGGAAAGGAAUGGUUCCUCAUGUUCCGGAGCGUAAAAAACACGUCGUUUCUGAAGUUGAAUAAAUCUGUAUUUCUUUUUGUGUUUAUUAAAAAUAAAGGAUUUUUUUAUAAUUUG